AUGGCCUUCUCCGGCCCUUGGACAACAGAACCUGUUGGUCGUAUCUCUGCAGCAGAAGUGCAGACAGAUGUGGACCGUGUUUCGACCAGCACGCGGCUAAGCAAGCAAACGUGUGAUGCUUGUGUGCUAAUUGUGGGUAGUGGAUGCGCCUCCCACUGGGCAUCGAUCUGGAUGUUUGAGCUAGGAGAGGUGUACUCAGUGGAGUUGACCGCCAUCGAUGAGGCCAAAGGGCACCGUUGGGGAGCAGGUCUCUGCAAGAUGCGCAGGCUGUACCCAAGUGCCACUCUGGGUUCGAGCAGCUCAAAAAGCACAAGCUCGUCCCGGCCAUCAGAGGCUCUAUCUGGUUUCGUUCGUUCGGGCCUUCCCGCCGAUGGCCAGUCAGACUCAAGUUCUUCUUGCGAGAGCGAGCAAGGAGGUGAAACGUCGACGGUGGACGAGAACAGCUUGAAGGUUUGGGCAGUCAUUGGUCUCAUUCAGAAACGUUGUGUUCCCACAAAUAUCCAGAUGUUUGGGCAUGAUUGGCAAGACGAUGUGGAUCUCGAAUUCCAGAUCCUGAGCGGGGGGGCGUUCGACCUCACAUCCAACGCACCUGCAGUAGAUAUUGAUGGAAUAAAAGAACCAGUAGCUGGCUACACAUCAUCUCCGGCCGAUGACAUUCACCAGUGCAUCAUGAAGUUUCUGGCAGACAGCAGAAGUAGCCUCAUGAGUGGCACCUUCGAUAAAGACAACGCGUUUCGAUGCAAAGACGUGAUCCGCGUCAGAACUUCUCCAAAUGACCUUCGCCAAGCAGCUGAAUCCGUACCUCUCCACGGAUCAUUUUACGAUUUGCUAUUCCACAAUUGCCAGCUGUUCCUUCUGCAACUACUUUGCCAAAAAUAUAAAGUAAAGGUUGACAAGAUGCCUCUUGCUGUGGGCUGUAUUGUUGCCUCCCCAUUGCUGCUGGUGAUGGAGGUUGUGUUCGUGGCAUUGUUUCAUGCAUUCCAGAAUACAGUUUGGGUCGGAGGUCUGGGUGUCGUUUGGAUUUGCACAGAAGUAUAUCUGGCUUAUAGGUACUCUCGAGAAACACUUUUGGAUUACCUGCCAGUGGCUACGGCCUGCUUAUUUACGGCAGGCCUCUUCAUCUUUCGGCAAAAGGAUCUGAUGACCAGCAUUCCCGUACUAAGUUUGCUGUGGGACAUGGUCAUGAUCCUGGAGUCAAUGAGAGUCAACAUGGUGUACCAGAGUGGACGCCUGACCUUGUUAAACACUGGCUUGUUCAUUCUGGCCGUGGGCCUGGUUGCCCGUUUGCAAGCCCUCAACGGGUGGCCUGUGCAAGACCUGUGGCUCAUGCUGCCACUUGCACUUGGAUUGGUCUGCAUUCAGACGACUUGCCACUUUCAUGAGUUUUGUGUGGUGGUGUUCGCUGCUUCGAUGUAUGCCAUAUUUCUGCUAUGGAUUGUGCUGGCUCAUUAA